GAUCAACAGGAGAGGAGCCAUAGCCAAAUCCAUAGGGUUCUUCGUCCUCCACCAAACUGUUCCUCUACAGACUACAGGAGCAGCAACAGCUGGGGGGACACACCCCUUUGCCCUGCGCCCCUGCCCGGCCGGCGGCCCUCUACUCGAUCUCGCUCUGCUUCCUGGCCAGCACCCAUCGAUCGAGCACAAACCACCACAGCUGUCUCGCCGAAGGCAACACGAGGGAAGAAGGGCCACCGGGAUUCCGUCGAUAAAGAGGGCAGAUCGAGGCAGCAUGGCGUCCUCCAACAGGCACUGGCCGAGCAUGUACAGGUCCAGUCUCGCCUGCAACUUCCAGCAGCCGCAGCCUGACAUGAACAUCGGCGGCGGCGGCGGCGGCGGCAAGUCCUCCUUGAUGUCCUCAAGGUGCGAGGAGAGUGGAAGUAACCCGGAGCCAAGGCCGCGGUGGAACCCGCGGCCGGAGCAGAUCAGGAUCCUGGAGGGGAUCUUCAACUCCGGCAUGGUGAACCCGCCGCGCGACGAGAUCCGCCGCAUCCGCCUCCAGCUGCAGGAGUACGGGCCCGUCGGCGACGCCAACGUCUUCUACUGGUUCCAGAACCGCAAGUCCCGCACCAAGCACAAGCUGCGCGCCGCGGGGCAGCUGCAGCCGUCCGCCCGCGCCGCCCUGGCGCGCGCGUGCGCGCCGCCGCCGCCUGCGCCCGUGACACCGCCGCGGCACCUGUUCGCUUCUCCCGUGGCGCCCACCUCCUCAUCGUCCUCGUCGUCCGACCGGUCCUCCGGAUCGAGCAAGUCCGUGAGGCCGACCUUCGCUCUUCCGUCUCCCACUGCGCCGGCCGCCCAGCAGGGCGUGCUGCCGGCGACGGCCAUGGACCUGAUUUCGCCGACGCCGGCGCCGGCUCUGGCGGCACGCCAACUCUACUAUCACAGCCAGCUCAUGGCUCCUGCCAUGCCCCCGAUGCCUGAGCUGAUCGCCUUCCCCGAGCCUCUCCUCCUCCAGUGGCCGCAAGGCGGCCACUACCUGCCGGCCACCGAGCUCGGCGGCGUCCUCGGCGCCCACACGCACGAGCCGGCGCCGGCCAUCUCACCCAGCGUGCUCUUGGGCCUUUGCAACGAAGCUCGAGGGCAAGAUUGCGUCGACAUCAGCAGCUCCAAGGGCCUUGGCCAUGGCCUGGACUGGAACACCACCUGUGGUUCUGAUCUGAGCAGCAACAAGACCGACGCGGUGAGCGCCGUGAUCAGGGACGACGAGAAGGCCAGGCUCGGGUUACUCCACCACGGCUUCGGCGCCGCCGCCGCCGCCGCCACUUCGGCGCCUCUUGAUGCCACUCCUGUGCAGCAAGCUGCCGCCGCAGAUGCCAGUACGGCCAUGCUGCUUCUUCCAAGUCCUGCGCCGAGCAACGUCGUUGCCGCUGCUGCCACGACCGCCGUACUCACCGAUCAGCUGCAAGGGCUGCUGGAUGCUGGACUGAUCGGAGUCGGAGGGACGCCGCCGGCGCCGACGGCGACGGUAGUGGCCGUGGCCCGGGACGCCCUGACGUGCGCGGCCACGGCCACCGCGCAGUUCAGCGUCCCGGCGAUGCGGCUGUUCGUGAAGCUGGCGUUCGGCGAGGCGGCCGUGCUGGUGCGCCACACUGGCGAGCCGGUCCUCGUCGACGAGUCCGGCGCUACCGUGGAGCCGCUCCAGCAGGACACUCUCUACUACGUGCUGAUGGUAAGCUACCGAUCACAAAUUUUGCUCAUUAGCGGAACAUGCGUUACGUGUGGGCAGGCCUCUCCCGUGCGCAGCCUGCCUUGCUCGCUGGCGCUCAGCUUCCUGGCCGAGCAGCAGGACUGA